UUGAAAUUUCGUUAGUGAAAUAAUAUCUAGUUUGCAGUUUUCUAGUGCAUAAAUAAAUAAUGUCGUCUCGGUACCGUUCCGAUCCAGAAUCCUUAAGUUACGAAAAACCUAGUGCUUGUUCGAAUUUUUUACAUUACAGCUGGAAAACUGCAAGAUGUAUCUUUUCCCAUGUAGCACUGAUAUCUAUGGUGGUAUCCUACUGUUAUUUGGGAGCUGUUACUUUCGAAGCUUUGGAAGUUAAUCACGAAAAAGAGGUAAAAAAGACUAUUCGCCAUAUUCGAGAUAACACAACUUUGUUCCUCUGGAAUUUCACUCAAGAAAUGGACGCAUUGAAGGAAGACAAAUUCGUGCCAGUUGCUGAAAAAUAUUUGAAGGAGUUUGAGAAUUCUUUAUUGAAAUCGAUGGCUAAAGAUGGCUGGGAUGGGGAAGAGGAUCCGAACAAGGUUCAAUGGACUAUGGCUGGGGCCUUGUUUUAUUCUAUUGUUGUUAUUACUACUAUAGGGUAUGGUCACAUCACUCCAAAAACCAAUUGGGGCAAAGUAGUGACAAUCCUCUACGCUAUCCUAGGAAUACCGCUAAUGUUGCUGUGCCUAUCAAACAUUGGAGAUAUAAUGGCAACUUCUUUCAGAUUUCUUUAUUGGAGAGUUUGCUGUUACGUGUGUCAGAAACGUCCCAAGAAACGUUUGCAAAGAGGCAAAUCGUUUAGGGCUUCUACAAGAAAUGAAUUCAAAUUUACUAGAUCCAGUUCAGCAGGACCGUUAAGAAGAUCCUUGAGAGUUUCUGGAAAAUCAACAGAUAGUGGCUAUGGAGUUUCAGUUUCAGUCGGUCCUAGCUAUCAUUCAGAUACAGAGUUAAGAUAUCCAGAUGAGUUUCAGAAAACUUCGUCCCGUUCUGCCAGCGUACCAACCAGACCCAAUCGUUUUUCAGAAAUGUCUUCUACUUCAUCCGCGAAGAAGCAACCAACCCAACAAAAUCAUUUCCCAAAACAAAACUCCAUAACGAGCAGGAAGAAGUUUAGCGAAACUAUUCCUCUGGAUCCGAUGUUGAUUUCUGAUACUCCAAUUUUGUGUAAUCGCUAUGUGAUUGGGAAACAGGAUGUUUUAGCUAACACGAUUCCAGGAAUCACCCUUAGAAAAACGGAGUUUAGAAAUAACGUGCCCCAAGGACGAAGAGCUGUUUCCAUGCCACGAUCCUCAAACUUUCUCCAACCGCCUAGAAGUUAUACGCCAGAUUCUUCAACUGACAAAGAAGAUUUGGAUGAACCGUCUAGGCAACAUCGUAGAAGAAUCAAACCUAGAAGAUCCAGAUCUCCAAUUCAUAAUCCUAGUCCCAAAAUGAUGACGCCACUAGGAUAUGGCCAGCCAAAUAAAUACUUAGAUGAUCCUGAUUCAGAUGAAAUAGACGAAUACAGUUCCUUCUAUGAAUCUACUGGAAGAGGAAAACCAAAACCAGUUCCAAUAUGGCUUUGUGUUCUUCUUGUCAUUAGCUAUAUUUUAGCUGGAGCUUACUUGUUUAAAUCAUGGGAAGGAUGGGAUUAUUUGGAUUCAGCCUAUUUUUGUUUUAUUACUUUAACCACGAUAGGGUUUGGGGAUUUGGUACCAGCAAAAGGAGUCAGUCAAGAUAGGUAUUAUGCUACCAUCAGUAUAGCACUAUGUUCUUUAUACCUACUUUUUGGUAUAUCUUUACUUGCAAUGAGUUUCAAUUUGGUGCAAGAAGAAGUAAUUUCGAAUGUGAAAAGUGUAGCAAAAACUUUGGGAAUUAUCAAGGCGGAUUCUGAUGACGAUUCUGAAAAUGAAUAAGUUGUUCACUAGUUGAAAUAAAAAAGUAUUUACAUAAAAAUAUUUUUAUUUCUUUACACCAACAUAUUAACAAUAAAAACUAUGUGAGCAAAUUUUCUUUAUAAACAUCAUUCGGGCUCUUAACAAAGUUUCUACCAUAUUGUUUUGGAUUAUGACUAGUAAAAACCCUAAAAAUUACAGCAAAAAUACUGUUUUUAAAUGCAAUUUCAGAUGAUUGUUUCCAUGUUUGGUUUCAAUAUUUUCUAAUUCAUAAAAUAUAUUUUUUUCUAUAUUUAAUAAAAAUAAGAACCUAAUUUUAAGAUUUUGAUUUGUUUCAAUUAUCAAAAGGCUUCUAAGGCUAAUGUUUUUUUUUUUUUAAUUUGUGAAAUUUUUUUGUAGAUACAUUUAUGUAUUUCACAAUUAUUAGUUCUUUAAAUUCACACCAUAUUAACAACAACAAAAUAAAAUAAUAUAAGACAACAAUUCUACUUCACUAGCAUGUUUGAGCAAAAAUUCAUCAUUCAUCAAAAUGUUUGCUUAUCGGCACCUUAACCAUUAAUUUAUCUAUAAAAUACAUUUAAUAAUAAUUUUUCAAUAAAACAUUAAUUAUCUACAAAAUUAAUCUAUCUACAUCACAAUUUAUUGGAAUGGAUUCAAUACUAAAUUGCAUGGCAACUAUAGACUAUUUUAAGGUCCCUUUGGACAAUCUCUUCAUUAACAACAUGUUAAUAUAUAAAUUCUAUUUGCCACAUUUUUAGCUUAGAAACGAAAUUGAUAUUUCAUGUUUGACUGUUGAUUAUGAAGCAACUGGCCCUUAAAAAAUAAGCAAUAAAUAAUGUAAGAAAAAAUCGCAGAAAUAAAUACAACAAAAUUGACAGACAAAAAAUCGAUUUAUAAAUUGUUUUAUGUGAGGACCUUAAAUACAUAUUUUUUUUUAAAUUCAAUCCCCAAUGCAAUACUGCAAAAUAAAAAGGCAAGAAUAAGUUCCUUGUUUGGUAGCUUUUGGCACAGAUUUUAUAAACUGCAAAUCUUAAACUAAAAUAAAAUAAAAUUUUACAAAAUAUACAAGAUAAAAGCAUAUACAAAUUUGCAUAACAAUAACAAAAAUAAAAUAAUAACAUGAUAUUUAGUUUUUUUUUUUUAACUAAGCCAGUCAAAUUUGUAUGCCGAAUUAUUAUCUAUAAGUGUGUAAAGCCUUUUUGAAUGUUAAAUUUCCCCAUCUGCGUCUACAUCUUGAAAUUCCAGUAAAGUAU